UUUACCUUAAAAAGGCACUGCUUCACACUGCAACUUUCAGAUUUUUUUUAACAAAAUUAGAAAAGAAGAGACCUUUCUCUCAUUAUCCUUUUCUUCUUGGGUUUAGGGUUCCAACAAGACAAAGCUUUUUCAGAAAGACAAACACACACAAAAUCUCUGAACCAGUUCCGAGCUCAACAUUUUGUCAUCUUCACUGUAUCAGCCAUGUUGUUUCUCAACAAGCCAAGCUUCUUCUCUGUUUCUCUCACGUAAAGCAUUUGAACAACUCAUGGCUCCUCCCUCUCAGAACAUUCCACUUCCUAGUCUCACCUCCACUGAUGAAUCCAAACUUGACAUAAAGGCUCUGUCUUUGAGUGUUUCCUUCCAUGGGUGGAGAGAGGCGAACUCACCGUUCAAGUCAUGGGCUAUAAAAAUGUCAUCUUUACACAGACCCACAUGGAGAAAAGCUGGAAUCUUCGAAGCAGUCAUGGCAUCUACCAAAGGACUCAAUAAAGACACGGAUCUCCUUCUGGGUAUUGCUGAGAGAUGGUGUCCUGACACCAACACCUUCCUCUUCCCUUGGGGUGAAGCAACCAUCACACUUGAAGACGUAAUGGUACUUCUAGGCUUCUCUGUUUUGGGUUCUCCGUAUUUUACUCCACUGGAUAGCUCAGGAGAGGAGAUUCUGAGGACACUGGAGGAAGAAUGGGUCAAGAUUAGGAAAGGUAGUUCAGCCCAUUUGGUAACUAAACUCCAAUGGAUGGGGAGAUUCAUGGGCACUUGGGGUGAGCUUGAGCAUGCGGCUUUCCUUGGGUUGUGGCUAAGCUACUUUGUGUUUCCAACAAGGUAUUGCCAUGUUGAUAAAGCGGUUUUGUCGAUAGCUAUUCAUCUCUCUAGAGGUACUAGGAUUGCUCUUGCUCCUCCCGUUCUUGCUCACCUGUAUGCUGACUUGAGUCUCUUGAAAGAGCACAUCAGAGGUUUCAAGACAGUGAUGUUAAACGACAAAGUUGAGCUGAGUGCCUUGUUUAAGUUGGUUCAAGUUUGGACAUGGGAGAGGUUCAGGGAGCUACGUCCCAACAACACUAAUCCGUUGCGGCAAGGUGAGCCAAGGUUGGCUCUUUGGGAUGAACCGAUACAGAAGAGAGCAAAGAGGCCUGUGAGGAUGAGAACAAAGCGCAAUGUGAGGGAGAUACUUGCAAACUCGAAGAUGGAGAGCUUUGAGUGGCGUCCUUACACAAAAGCUGUGAGGAACUGGGAGUUUCCUAAGUUUUACCCUGAGAAGGCAAAGUCUGUUCCUGUUGGUCCUGAUCUUGAUGAGGAAUUCAUCUCCUUUGCUAGAUGCAUCAAGGUCUCUGAGCUUGUGGGAAAGGAUAGUGUGGAAUGCUACUUCCCCAACCGAGUGGCUUCACAGUUUGGAUUGCUUCAGGAUGUUCCUUGUCCUGUUAAUCAAAGCAACCUCUUCAAAGAGGCAGCUUGGGAUGAGUACAACAAGCCUAUUGAUGGGUUGACAUUGUUUGUCCCUUCUCGUUCUUCAGUAUCUUCUUUUACUUCAGUGUACUGUGAGUGGUGGAGGAAGGGUAAGCGAGCUGUUGAACUAGCUGAAUCAUUAGGUGAUGAUGAUACAUCUAAGCCUGUUCCUUCUGGUUCUAAGAAGUCAUUGAAGCGAGUUAGUAAGGAGGAUGAGACUCAAAUGGAUCGUUAUAAGACACAGGUUCCACCAAGAAACAUCAGAAGAGGUGAUGAUGAUGCAUCUGAGCCUGUUGCUUCUGGUUCUAAGAAGUCAAUGAAGCGAGUUUGUAAGGAGGAUGAGACUCAAAUAGAUCGUUAUAAGAGACAGGUUCCACCAAGAAACAUCAGAAGAGGUGAUGAUGAUGCAUCCGAGCUUGUUGCUUCUGGUUCUAAGAAGUCAAUGAAGCGAGUUUGUAAGGUGGAUGAGACUCAAAUAGAUCGUUAUAAGAGACAGGUUCCACCAAGAAACAUCAGUAGAGGUGAUGAUGAUGCAUCUGAGCCUGUUGCUUCUGGUUCUAAGAAACGGAAGUCAAUGAAGCGAGUUUGUAAGGAGGAUGAGAAACAGGUUCCAUCAGAGAAACAUGAGGAAGAUGAUGGCUUAAGCGUUGGUCAAGCAAUGAGAUUGAGAAAGAAGAACACGGAUGUGUGCUCAUCUGAUGAAAACCACUCCUUAGAUUCUCCUCCUAAGGUACUGCCAUCAAGAGAAGUGGGUCAAAAGCUGAGAAAAGAGUUUUCUGAAAAACUCAAAAGGUCUAGAUAUCUUAGUGGUGGAUCAGCUUCAAGAGAAGUGCCAACUAAUGAGCUGUUUAACAAGGAAGUAGUGAAGAACAAGAGUGAGCAUUUGGGAGACAAGCGAGCUCGUGAGGAUGAUGAUAACAUUACCACAGCUGAGAUGGUCAUAGACAGAGAGAAAGGUGUAAGAGAUGCUUCUGAAUCACUUGGGAAAAGAAACAGUAGAAGACUUGAGAGAGAGAACAAUGAUUCAUGGAUCCGUCAAAAGCUUGCUACUAAAGAUGAAACUGUAGCACAACAAGAAGAGACGGGGAACAAAGUAGGGAAGAGUAAGGUUCUGUGCUCAGCUACUGGUAACAACUCUUCAGAUCCUCCUCUUGGUGCUAAUGGAAGGGUAGUUGACGUUGAUGUGUCACGACCAGAGACACGACAAGAGUGUGAAGAUGAGGUUGGUGUCAAGGCUGAGAAAAAGAAGACUAUAGUCGCUGGUGGAUGCAAGGAAGCAAAGUGUGUGAUCCGUGAAGAUGGAGAAACCCAAAGAUCCAAUGGAAAGGAAGAUGUUGAAGAUAGUUUGAAGCAGACAAAUCUUGCAAUAGAUGAGCUAGCAUUGAGCCUAGAGGCACGUAUGAUGAAGGUGGAGAAGACUUUGGCAAAGAUCAGAGAAUGGAAAACCAUAGAGAGAAACCAGGCCAAGAAUGGAAUAUCUGCUUAGGAUCUCAGGCAAACAAUGUCACAUGUUCUCAACUUUUUUGGUGUUUUGCAUAAUGUUUAGGAACUUUCUUAUUAGAGGCAAAUCUUUAUGACUUUUGGUGUGUUUUGGUUCAAGUAUGUACUUGGAAGAUCUCUCAGUUUGGAGGAGAAUCAUUACACUUCCGCUUUUGUUCUAUUUAACUAUUUUGGGUUUGAUCCAAGAAAUAGUUUACCUAGUAUUAUCAUAGACUUCGUCUCAUUGGUUAAACGUUGUGGCUUAAAACUUGGAGAGACUGCACUCUCUUACUGUUAUAUUCCAAGCAGGAAUGAAAGAGAUGAUUCAGUCUCUAGACAGAUCUACUUGACAUUCCAUUUGAAAGCUCCUUCACUGAUGAAGACGUCUCUUCUUAUUUCAGGUAAUGUUAAGAGAGAAUCAAGCCAUCAUUGUUUCUUUGUUUGUUGUUGAUAGUGUGAUGGUAUCUUCUUUGAGGAUUAUAUUGGCUCGUUAAACCUUACAAGGAGAAAGGAAAGAUCCUUCAAAAGUAAUGUACCAACAACGGUUUGGAUUCCUUUUACUUAUUAUAGUUUGGUGAAAUGAUAGCAAGUGGCAACAGCUAAUGGAGAGAGGGAGCUAUUCUGCUUCUUCAAGUCCUUCUGGAAUGGAUCUAUAUGAAUGUCACAUGGGUUAGUUUCUAUUUUGAGUUAAAACGUGUUUUGUUGUUUCUUUCUUUACUGAGAUUGUAACUCUUCAGUUGUCUUUUCAUUACCAGGACCAAGGAUGCUUCCAAGGAACACAGAGGAGAUGAUGAGAAGGAAAGCUGAGCAAGAAUGAGCGUAGUCUUUCUAUCGGCUCUCCUGCUCAUCUCCCACCUUGGUUCAACUAUAGUCUUCUCUUUCAACCACAGAAGGUUGUUGUUAUUAUUGUUGGCCUCUGCAUUUAAGCUUUCUUUUAUUGGUCUUUAUUCUCCUUCCUUACCAGGUGAUAGUGAUAGAUCAUAGAGGUGAAAGCCAUCUUCAGCUAGUUUUCUUUUAGUUUUUGGGUCCUAGUUCUGGUGACAGGCAAACGCUGCACAUGUUACGUUUACCAUGAUUGUAUAAAAUGCAUUUGUUUUCUUGGAACUCACUCAAAGAGUGUCAAAGCCUUGAGGCUAAAGGUUCAACCUCUAAUACCCUUAUUGAUGCUUUAACCGAACCUAUAAUACUAAACCGGAAAUGUCCAAACCGAAAUUUUAGUAUUAAAUUGAUUGGUAUUGAGUUUCUAACGAUGAACUAUCUGAACCAAUUUAUUCGGUUUAAAUAUUACUGUUCCUAUUUAAAAGAGAUCAUCUUUAUUGUGUGUUCAUUUAGUGGAGUUUUAGUGAUGAUAAAGUUGGUGAUCAUGCCUCUCCUGAGGUACAGCCUCUAAGUGGAGUUCUUCAGAAGAUGGGAGACGUAAUGGAAUCUGAGAUAAAGAAAUGCAAGACUGGUGGUUGUGGUGAAUCAGUUGUCAUAGAUGUGCCACUUAGUGAGCUGUUUCACAAGGAGUUAGCGAGGAGGUCAAGUGAGGAUAAUGAAUUAAUGAUGAUGAGAAUCAUAUGGAUUCUUGUGAUGAGACCAUUGCUCAGUUGGUUAAAUAUAGAAAGAAAGAUAUAAAGAUAUGGAGGAGAUGCUUAUGGAUCACUUGGAAUCAGGAGGAGAGAUAACAAUGAUUCAAGGGUUUGUCAAGAGCUUGCUUCUGGUGAUGCUGAAACUGUAGCACCAUCUUCUAUAGUUCGGUUUUGAUUUCUUUGAAUCAGUUUCUUUAGUCAGUAAAAUCAAUCCAGGCUUGCUUUGAUACAAGCACAAUUCAAAUGCUUUUUUUUUUUGGACAACUGUAAAAAUGUGUCACUGUUAUAAAAAGAGCUUUUCCACGCAUAUGGUGCAAUUUCUAAAAAUAAAAUAUAUUUUUUAGUAUUCUUUUUGCAAGCUCAUAAGAGACAAACACUUUUGUUUCAAAAGAUAAAAUAUUUAUUGAUGAGCCCUUUUAUUAGUAACUUUAUUUUUCAAAUUACCUUAAAAAGUAAACUGUUUUUUUCCUGCUCCACCACCUCUUCAACUCUGCAACAUCAUUUUAACUUCCUUCGAACGCUAAAUCACAAAAGACAGAACAAUAAGAGAGAAAGACCAAAACUUUCUCUUCCAUCUUUGUCUCCUCCAGACAUAGAGAGAGAGAGAAGAACAAAACUUUCUCUUCCAUCUUCAUUUCGUGAAAAAGAACCCAUUUUUUU